AUGAUAAAAAAGGACACAAGGCAGUUAGAGUUGAUGUUAGCAGUAUGUUAUUCUGGGACAAGAGAUAUAUUGGAAGCUACAAGGAGCAUUUGUGAAAAGGUCAAGGCUGGGUUGAUUGAACCCAAUUCCAUCGACGAGGUCUUGUUUGAUCAAGAGCUAUGGACUCGUGGUGCAUCUCACCCUGACCUGCUUAUCCGUACCGGUGGUCGCCUACGUGUCAGUGAUUACUUGAUGUGGCAACUGGCCCAGUCUGAGUUGUAUUUCACCCAACUUUGUGCACCUGACUUUGGAGAAGUUGAGUUCCUCCAAGCCUUACGCUCCUUUCAGCAAAGGGAAAGGACAUUCGGAAAGUGA